GAAGCAGAUUGUGCACACAGUCAGUGUAGCCACAUCCUAUUAGCACUGAUGCAACUUCCAGCCAAACCUCCAGACAACAUGGAAACACAUCCUCCCGACUUUCCUCUAGCUUUCUCACACCAAAUUCUAAAAGGACAGAAGACAGCGAAAUCAGCAAGGGACUCUUUUUCAGCAUACAACAGCAAAUACCUCACAGUUCCUCAAAACCGAACUUCCUUGCACCCCAGCAGGAUUAAUGGAGCUUUUGAAGCACCAAGCUGUGUGGAGUCCUUCAGCAGUCCUAUUAUAAACAAUUACCUGGAUGGGACCCAAGGAGGGGCUGAGGACAAGGCAUCCCCAGGUGGCAUGUAUUUCAGGGACAGCAAGAGAAAGGUUGACUAUGUGUUAGCCUAUCACUACCGCAAGCGCCUCACUCGGCACCCGCCUGGCAUGGGCUUACCAGAGCCAAUGCACCGAUCUGCCUCCCUGGCUCUGGUUCUGAAUGGAGGGGCUGGGAAAAGCCAUGCUGAGCAGCAGCAGGAGCAUGGUGGCCAGCAUGCCCUGCAGGAGCAGGUCGGGACACCAUGGACAGAGGUGAUAGAGCUUGGCCCACUGGAUGCCCUGGAAGAGGAGAAGCUACUGCAGCGGGAGGAGUUUGAACGCAACCUGAUGGAAGCGGGGCUGGAGAUAGAGAAAGAUCCUGAGAAUAAGAGCCAAGGAUUGAGUUUUGUACGUAUACAUGCACCUUGGCAAGUACUUAGUCGAGAAGCAGAACUCCUAAAAAUAAAAAUGCCCACUAAGAAGCUGUAUGAAAUCACAGAAGAAGGGGGAAUACUCAAAAAGUUAAAUGAAAUGUGGUGCAAAUUGACUGAACCUCUGCAACCUCAGGUGCCACAACAAGGAGAUACAAACAUGAAAAGUCUGUCUUACCCCUUUUCCAGAGAGAAAAUAUAUUUGUAUAACAUUAAAGACAAAGACACGUUUUUUGACAAUGCUACCCGCAGCCGAAUAGUACGUGAAAUCUUGAAGCGCACAUCUGCAAAGGCCAGAAACAGCAUGGGUAUUGGCACAUUAAUAGCAAACAAUGUUUAUGAGGCAGCGUACCCACUUCAUGAUGGUGAAUAUGAAGGCCAAAAUGAUGGCAUGAAUGAAAGAAAGUUGCUGUAUCGAGAAUGGGCAAGAUAUGGAGUAUUUUACAAGUUUCAGCCUAUUGACCUCAUAAGAAAGUAUUUUGGAGAAAAGAUAGCACUUUAUUUUGCAUGGCUGGGUUUAUAUACAGAAUUCCUCAUUCCGUCCUCAGUAGUUGGGAUUAUUGUAUUUCUUUAUGGAUGCAUAACCAUUGAGAGUGACAUUCCCAGUAAAGAAAUGUGCGACCAACGCAAUGCCUUCACCAUGUGCCCCCUGUGUGACAAGUUCUGUGAUUACUGGAACCUCAGCUCUGCUUGUGCUACUGCUCGAGCUAGCCACUUGUUUGACAACCCUGCCACAGUCUUCUUCUCCAUCUUUAUGGCUCUCUGGGCUACUAUGUUCCUUGAACAAUGGAAGCGUUUGCAGAUGAGACUGAAUUACUUCUGGGAUCUAACUGGACUAGAGGAAGAAGAAGAGCAUCCCAGACCAGAGUAUGAAACGAAACUGCUGCAGAAGAAGCUGAAAAAUAAAAACAUCGUGACAGAAACCUCAAAUGAAGAUGAAAAGGAGAAGCUGACAUGGAAUGACCGUAUGCCUGGAUAUGCAGCAAACUUUGGAUUGAUUUUAUUUAUGAUUAUGCUGACGUUUUCAGCAGUGUUUGGUGUGAUUAUAUACAGAAUUACCACAGCAGCAGCUUUAUCCUUCAGCACAAACGAGACAACCAGGUCAAAUGUUCGAGUGACUGUGACCGCAACUGCUGUCAUCAUUAACCUUGUUGUGAUACUUAUACUUGAUGAAAUUUAUGGAGCUGUUGCCAAAUGGCUGACAGAAAUUGAGAUACCAAAAACAGAGAAAACAUUUGAAGAGAGACUGAUUUUGAAGGCAUUCCUACUGAAGUUUGUGAAUUCUUAUGCACCGAUUUUUUAUGUUGCCUUUUUUAAAGGAAGAUUUGUUGGCCGUCCUGGUCACUAUGUAUAUGUGUUUGAUGGUUAUCGAAUGGAAGAGUGUGCUCCAGGAGGCUGUUUGAUGGAACUCUGUAUUCAAUUGAGCAUCAUUAUGCUUGGAAAACAACUGAUUCAAAACAAUCUGUUUGAAAUUGGAAUCCCGAAGCUGAAGAAGCUCUUCAGGAAGCUGAAGGACGAAAGAACUGAGGCAAAGGAAAUGGACACAAACCAGUCAAAGAAUCCUCAUCAAUGGGAUCUUGACUACACCUUGGAACCUUUCACUGGGCUGACUCCAGAAUACAUGGAAAUGAUUAUCCAGUUUGGCUUUGUCACACUCUUUGUUGCCUCCUUCCCUCUGGCACCUCUCUUUGCUCUUCUGAAUAACAUCAUAGAAGUCCGUCUUGAUGCAAAAAAGUUUGUUACUGAACUGAGGAGGCCAGACACAGUAAGAGCAAAAGAUAUAGGAAUUUGGUUUAACAUUUUGAGUUGUAUCGGAAAGCUUUCUGUUAUCAUUAAUGCUUUCGUAAUUGCUGUCACAUCUGAUUUUAUUCCACGCCUUAUGUAUCAAUACGCAUACAGUCAAAAUGGAACCAUGCAUGGCUUCAUAAAUCACACGCUUUCAUACUUCAAUGUCAGUCAUCUCAAGGCUGGAACACAGCCAGAAAACUCCCUGUUUGCCCAGGAUGUUUUGUUCUGCAGGUUCAAAGACUACAGAGAGCCACCUUGGUCCAAAAAUCAGUAUGAGUUUUCCAAACAGUACUGGGCAGUCUUAUCUGCUCGCUUGGCUUUUGUUAUUCUGUUUCAGAACUUGGUAAUGUUCCUCAGUGUUAUGGUUGACUGGAUGAUUCCGGACAUCCCCAAGGACAUCAGUGAACAGAUCAAAAAAGAGAAGAGUGUGCUUGUUGACUUCUUCCUGAAGGAGGAGCAUGAAAAACUGAAGCUGAUUGAAAGCUUUAUCACACGCGACAAGCAGAAACACAAAAGCGGGACCAAAGGCGAAAGAAUCCGGGCUGCCAGCUUCUGUCAGCUUAACCGAAGUCAGAAAGGCAGCUUUGCCUCCUUUAGCUCACAGCACACAGAAGUGUGACUCCUUAGGGGAAGGUAACAUACUAUGCUUACCUCUGCGAUACCUGCUUACUGAGACAUGAUUCUAAACCUGGAGCAAGGGAGGGAGAGGCAGUCAAAAAAGAGACAGGGAGGAAAAAGGAGGCUUCUUUGCUUCCUUAGAAACUCCAUAAGUAAGGGUUACGUCACAUUUUAUAUGCUAUGUGGGCUGCAGCAUUUUCAGUCUUUAUCAGUGCAAGACAAGGGCUAUACUGUGUCCGUAGCUGGUCCUUACGGUGAUGCAUGUGGGUUCGGUAGGCACACAGGAAUUCUCACUCAUGCGGUCUCCCUGACAAGACUGCAGCUGUCCCUGCAGGCACCCUGUGGGGCACAGAGAAUAGAAAGAGCACUCCUGCCCUAGUAUCUGUCUUUUGGCAGAUAUGACCAUCCACAGAAAAGUGCACACCAUGUGUGGUCUCACAGUGAGACCAGUGGAUGGUUUGUAAGCAUGUGGAGUCUCAAGGAGUCAUUGUGCCUUCCUAACUUACACUACCAUUUGGUGCUGUCUCUGUAGAGCAUGUGGGGCUGUUGUUAAGGGCACAAAGCUGUGGGAACAGAAGGAAUGAAAAUCGCUCCGCACUUUCGUCUACAGAUACAUUGUGUUUUGCUUAGCAGGAGCUUGAAUGCUCCUUAGCAGGAGCUUGAGCAGAGAGGCUACAACAUAUGCAAAAGAAUGAAGUAAAGCUGCUAGAACCAGGGAAGCUCAUUGUUAUUCAUUGUCCUGAACAAAAAAAAAAAAAAAAGCCUUGCAUGUUCAAUUCUCCUCUCACUUAGACUGGGAAUUCAGCCAGCAUCAAGAGAAAUCUGCCACUAAACUAACAUCAGUGAGAAGCUGAAGAGUGAGAAUGGAAUGAAGCCCUGUAAAUCAUGUGGCAUUUUCAUGUGCGUUGCACAUAAAGUAACAAAAGUUGCUGCUGUUGUGCAUUUCCUGUAAAGUAAAAUAUUUUGCAGAACUGUAUUUCAUUGGAAUAUAAACAUAUUCGCUAACCAAGCUUUUGUCUACAACCAUUUAAUGAAUGACUUAAUUCUGUUAUAAAUGAAAAUAAAACUUUCUUAAAAACAACCUGUUUCUUUACACUGUAUAUUCUGCAGCAAACUCAACUUGAAAUUCAGAGCCUGGAUAAAAGAUUUUUUUUCUCAUUUUGUCCUCAACAAUGCUUUCAAAACUAUCAGAAAUGCAAACCAAAAGAAGUGCUUCAGUUUCAUGCAUUAUAUAAAAUAUUAUUGCUCUUUAAUAUUAUAAUGGCUUUUUUUUAUAUUUCUGAAGUCUAAGAAUUUAUUUAUUGUCUUAAAUGGAAAGAUUAUUUUCCAUGAGAAAUUUUGGUAAUUAAAUGAGAGUUGUGAAAAGAUUUUUUUGUUCUCAUUCAUUACUCAAACUUAAGAAAAUGAAAAUGGAAGAACUGCUUCAGUGUGGACUGCAAUUAAAAGCUUGAUUUUGGAGUUACAUUCUUUAAAUUUCAUUUAUGGUUAUUGGUCCCUUCAGUCAAAUUUGAAAUGAUAACAUCAACCUGAAUAAAGCAGCAAAUGUUUAACUUUGUAAAUGAAGAAGUCUGACCUCUCCAAAUGCUUUGUUCUCUUUCUCCUGUCAAAACUCAUUUGCUGACUUUUAAAUAAAUUCAAAGAGAGUUGUUCCCCCUUCUGAAUCUGUUGUUUUGUUGCUGUACUUUCUAAUAAAUAACAUUGAGCUAGAGCUCAGUUUUGCACAUCUCAGUUGGACUAUGUAUGCUCAAGACUACAAAUACAGCUUGUAAAUGUGCAAAGAUGUAUAGCAUGACAAUGUUUCUCCCUUUUUAAUAACAUAUAUUAUCUAAAUAAGCUACUUGAAGAGCUCCUAGCACAAGGUACCGUGUAUAAACUGUUGACUGUGUAUUGACUCUGUAUGUAUACGAUGUUUCUAAUUGAUU